AUGUACUCGGGUCUCACGUCGACUUGGCUGGCGUUGCUCGCUGUGAAUAGCGUCGCAUAUGCUAGCGAGGAACCGCCUGCCGUGACGGCUGCGCCUAUUUAUCUGCCCUACUAUGACGAGAAGUCUUGGUCGCUGGUGCGCGGUAGUGUUGUUUCAAGCAACGAGGAGGCUAAGGAGACGACAUAUACGAUAUUCUGUCCUGAUACAGACAAUGUGUAUCCCCCAGAGUGUGAUCUCUCCCUAGAGUUUCCGUUUAUUAUAGUCGAAGGUCCAGAUACUGUUCGGUUUGAAGGCACGCAUACCUCAACACUCACUGCAAACCUAGCAUGCAACCUCCAAGGCACAACUAAAGCAACUUGCUCUGGCUACUCCAGCUUCAACAAAGGCUACAACGACGGCGUGCAUACCGGUCCCACGGAAGUGACGUGGACGUCGACAUUCACCGGGAAAGAGGUAGAAUGGGGCGUCUUGACGAUGGGCGCGUUGCCUCAUGAUCCAGAUGUUGUUACUGCAGUUUCGGAAACGCCAUCGGAUUUUGUGUCGAUGCCUAUCGCAACGGAUGGGAAUAGCCCUGGGGCGAAUUUAUGUGUUGAUAGAAGUGUUGCGAUUCUGGCAGCUGCGUGUGCUUUGGUGGCUGGGCUUUGGUGA